AUGCAACUAAGGGACUUCUGUGCAGCAAGCGCUAUAGAUAUUGUGCUUAUCCAAGAGCCGAUAACACAUGACCGAAAGAUUUAUGGUUUCGAGAACUGUAGGCAAGUGCUCGUGGGAGAUCAAGCCGGCGCAGCUGUAAUCCUACUAAGCAACGACAUACAGGCCAUCGAGUUGGCGGAUAUGUCGAGCCAGCACGUGGCGGUGGUGAAGAUAAGCCGUGGACUGCAAGCAGAGGCAAUCACGGUGGUGUCGGCGUACUUUAAAUACAAUGUGCCGACACAACACUUCACGGAAAAGUUGCGCACGGUACUAACAGGAGAGACACGUACCCUCAUUGGGGCAGACGUUAACGGGCACUCUCAGAUGUGGCACUGUCCGACUGGCAACAGCAGGGGACUCCAGACAGAGGAGCUCAUAGAGGACUUUGACCUUUCGGUGGCGAAUAUGCCCGGACAGAUGAACACAUACGCACGCGAGGGCAUGGGUGCUUCGAAUAUUGAUAUUACGAUGCUUACGCCCCAGGUCCGCGAUAUGGUCAGCGAUUGGAUGGUCAGCGAUGUGACAGACAGCGACCACAACGUAAUUACAUUUAAUCUUAGCCUCCACCAGAGAGCAUCACAAGUCAUGUUACCAUGCCGUUUUGACGUCCGUAAGGCGGACUGGUGCAAAUUUGCUCACUGUUUGAGCCGGCUAAAGCCGACCGUGGAUGGGUCAACAAUAGAUGCACAGGCCCGCACCAUCAUAGGUGCAAUUCGAAGUGCGGCGGUGGCGUCAAUACCACAGAUCAGAAAACCAGGCGGCCGAACUGGCAGACAGCCAUGGUGGAAUGAUGAGCUGACUGCCCUUAAGAGGAACCUAUGCAAAUUGCGAAGGCAGGGCAAACACACUACUGACAGGCCGGCAUACAACGAAGUACGCAACCAGUACCUGUACAAAAUUAGAGCUGCUAAGGCCGCGGCAUGGCGAAACUUUUCCAGUGACAUAAACACGAACCCUUGGGGAAAGGCUUUCUGCUGGGCUAAGCGAGGUCCGAAGACACGAUCUGUGCCCUCGACCAUGGUGGGUGAAAACGGAGUCCACACGAGUACAAUAGGGCAAACAGCUGAACUGCUUCUCAGCACAUUCUUUCCACGAGAAGAAAAUACGCUAACCUUUAGAAGCUCCCGGAAUAUGGUGAGCCAGUAG